UCCAAAGUAAUAAUUUAUUUGACUUGUAUUAGAAGUUAUAUAUGGUGGGGAUUCAAGCGGGUUGGACCUCGAGAGCCACCGUAGAGUACGUGUUUCUGUCAUGGCGGUCCUAUGGUGUCAUUUUGGAGUAUUUGGAGUACAACAUAUGUUUUUACUGUAGUAUAUCAUUAUUUGGACAUGGCAGGAAGCUUCCUAGUAACAUUGUAUGAGUACUCACCACUCUUUUAUAUUAGCGUGGUUUCUUUGUGCUUUUUAGUUACCGCCGCCAUGGUGCUCGGCUGGUUUGGCUUUGACGUCCCAGUGAUUUUACGCAGCUCUGAGGACACAGACUUCCUACCUAGCCCCGAAAAGCAAAUGGUUCAGGUCACCAACCCCUUUUCCCUGGAGAUGGGCUCUGGACGUGCCUCUGUUGCCAACGGUGUGCAGUUGAAGCCCUGUUGUUUGGAGCCCUGUGUCCUUAGCUGCUUCUGGGGCUGCGAGGUCGGUGCCCUACAGGAAGCCCUGCAGGGGGGAGCCAGGCUCAGUACACCCCAACAUUUCCAGGAAGCACUGCGUCACCGUUACCUCCACUGCCAGAGCUUCGACGUCAGCAGUGCAGACCAAGAGGAACAUCACACACACAUACCCGCUGAUCAGGGAAUCACUGAUUUGGGCCCGUUGCCCAGGCAACGCUAUCCGCUUGUGGCGGUGCUGACCUUGGCGGGACAAGAAGCCCGAGAUACUUACAACUUUGUGUCCAGUGUGAGUGUUGUUCACGUGCCUGAUGAGAAAUACAAAAUGUCUGCAAGGAUCCUCUUUCAGUACCUCCUCACCUCUCAAGGGAGCAUGUAUGACUUAAAGCCUCUCUUCAUGUCAGCUAACUCCAUGGGGGACUCUGACCCGACCGAGCUCCCCGGUGCGCCUGAGGACGAGGAGGAGGCUAGCAGGGUGUCAUCAUCGGUGCUUGAGGAAGAGGAAGAGGACGACUGGUCUGAGGGGCGCGGCAGAGACUGUGUGGUGUGUCAGAAUGCGUCCGUCAACAGAGUCCUGCUGCCCUGCAGACACGCGUGCGUGUGCAACAGCUGUGCGUGUCGCUUCCAACACUGUCCCAUCUGUAGGGCCUUCAUCCUGGAGUCCUUCGCCCUCACUCUGCCUCCGCCUCAACUCUGACAUCAAACGUUUGGACUUUGGUCUUGUGAAUGUUUGUGCACACUGAAGACGUGUAUACAGCGGUGCCUCAAGAUACGAGUUGACAUGGUUCUGUGACGCAGCUUGUGUUACAAAACAGCGAUUCCAAUGUGGUCAAUGUUUAACCUCUUUAAACGCCCCCUGGUGGUGGCCAAGGUAUUGUUUGUUGUUGUAUUAUAAACUAUAAUAUCCAUCCAUCUUCCUCCGCUUAUCCAAAGUCAGUUAUGUGUGACCAUGUGUGUUGACUUUUUGUGCUGGUUGAAUCUUUUUUUCUGCGCCAUGACAAAGGAAGGUUGUUUGGAUUGUGUCAUAUAUGUAAAUGCUGUGCCGACGCUUCACUUUCACGGGUCGUUGAUCUGAAUGACUCACAUUGUCUACCAGACGGCAGCAAAUAUUAGGUAUUCAGAGACCGGCUGUUAUUUAAAAGUAAUUUGAAAGCACUCCCAGAUGCGAUGCUUUGUCGAAUUCAUGACGUCUACCAGGCCAUGCUGGCUGACAGUUUAGACACCUCUGCUGUAGACUAAUUGUAUUGCUUGUGUCCUGUCACCUUUCGCCCAAACUCAGCUGGGGUAGGUUCCAGCUUCCCUUUCAAGAUGUGUAAUAUAGAAAAUGGAUAUGCUAACUGUAUAUUGAUGUAUAAAUUAUCAUUAUGUGUGAAAAUAA